AUGCCAUCGGUGUCCGAGCCACUGGCUGGUGGGGGACCACCUGUCCCCACUCCAGAAAGCCUUGCAGGACAACGGAGAACUCCAUCAUCAUCUUCAUCCCCUAACCCUAAGGGGGAUCGGGAAGCUCAGCAAAGCAAGAAAAGGGCCAAGCAAACAACCAAAGGGAUAACUAUCAAUAGCGAAUCUGAUGUAGGGUUGGAAGAUGUCUCCGAUACAGAAGAGAAGCGUACGAGAUCGGGUAGCCCCCCCCCCCCGGUCGGCCUGGACUUCCGGCACGGGUGCUGCAUGCCGUCAAUUUAA